AAAGUGGAAACAAAAGAGAGAGAAAGAAAGACUUAGUGAUCAUCUAGUUGUGAAGGGUAGGAAUAGGAAUGUCAGGGGUUUGGGUUUUCAAGAACGGUGUGGUGAGGCUGGUGGAGAAUCCGGGAGGCGAGGCAGUGGAGGGAAGCCGAGGUGGAAGAAGGAAGGUUCUGGUUCACAGAGCAAGCAAUGAGGCUAUUACCUCUUAUGCAGUGUUAGAACGCAAGCUAUAUUCACUUGGCUGGGAGCGUUACUACGAUGACCCCGAACUCCUGCAGUUCCACAAGCGCUCCACCGUGCACCUCAUCUCCCUCCCCACAGAUUUCAACAAGUUCAAGCCCAUGCACAUGUAUGACAUAGUUGUCAAGAACAAGAACGCUUUCGAAGUUAGGGACAUGUAGGGUGGCUAGCUAGGGUCAUAACACAUAUAUAUAUACUCACCAAAUUAACAAACAACCCCUAGCUACAACCCCUUGGUGUUUCGGUACUACUCAUUCAACUCUUGCCUAGUAUCUUCUUUAAUGUACAAAACUUCAUUUAGAUGUGGUUCUUUUCCUGUGUUUUUCAUAUUUAUAGUUUUAUCUAAAUUAAAAUUUUAUUUCGAUAAUCUGUCGAUAAAAAUUUGUACUACGGAUCAAUAAAGAUUAUCGAGGUAAAAUAUUAAUUAUGAUUGAAUAAUAUAACACAAGAGAACACUUGAAAAACUACAUUUAAAUGGUAGCUUCUUUUUUUUUUUUUUCCUUUUAAUUGUUUGUUGUCGGGCUUUAGGUUCUCCUUUUUCAUUUAUUAUUAUAGUUGCAUGUGUUGGUUUGAUCGAAUGUAUGAUUUUAGACUAUUGGCCAUGAAAGAUGGAAGUCUAUAUAUGUCCAAGUGAUUGUGAUAUUAACUUAUGUAUUGUGACGGUGUGGAUGAGUUCAUGUUCUGAUUAAUUAAUGUUUAUAGUUCAUAUAUAUAUAUAUGAGAGUAGGUAGGGGUCUGAUUCAUGAUUUGUGAGGACUAGGUGCCAUUUACAAGUCUUCUCUGUUGUAAACGUUUACUCAUCCUGUAAUAAAAAUUGAGUUUUUCUCUA